GGCGCCGCCGCCAGCCCGACGGGGACCUGGGCGCGCGGUGCCGGUGCCGAGCCCCGCCUGCAGAGUCCGGCCGUCCGCGGGCGCGAGGAGAAGCCUGAGCAUGCGGAGCGCGCAGAGCAUGAGCCACCGGGGGCAGAAGCGCAGCCUCUGCCUGGCCGUCCUGAGCCUCCACCUCCUGGGCCAGGUCUCCGCCACCGCGCGCUGUCCCUCCCCGUGCCCGCGCCAGUGCCCCGCGCCGCCACCCUCCUGCGCCCCUGGGGUGCGCGCCGUGCUGGACGGCUGCGCCUGCUGCCCCGCGUGCGCCCGCCAGCGCGGCGAGAGCUGCUCCGAGCUGGCGCCCUGCGACCCGAGCGCCGGGCUCUACUGCGACCGCGGCGCGGACCCGCGCAACCAGACCGGCGUCUGCAUGGCGCUAGAAGGAGACAACUGUGUGUUCGACGGGGUCAUUUACCGAAGCGGAGAGAAGUUCGAGCCCAACUGCCAGUACCACUGCACCUGCAGAGAUGGGCAGAUCGGCUGCGUGCCCCGCUGCCAGCUGGACGUGCUGCUGCCCGGGCCCGACUGCCCGGCUCCCAGGAAAGUGGCGGUUCCUGGAGAGUGCUGUGAGAAGUGGACUUGUGGCCCAAAUGAGGAGGGGACUCUGGGAAGCCUCGCCCUUCCAGCCUACAGGCCAGAAGCCACAGUGGGAGUCGAAGUCUCCGACUCCAGCAUCAACUGCAUUGAGCAGACCACGGAGUGGAGCGCAUGCUCCAGGAGCUGCGGCAUGGGCCUCUCCAGCCGGGUCACCAACAGGAACCAUCAGUGUGACAUGGUGAAGCAGACUCGGCUCUGCAUGGUGCGGCCCUGUGAAGCAGAGCCCGAGCAGCCCCCAGAGAAGAAGGGAAAAAAGUGCCUCCGCACAAAGAAGUCACUGCAGGCCAUCCACCUGCGGUACGAGAACUGCACCAGCCUGCUCACCUACAAGCCCAGGUUCUGCGGGGUCUGCAGCGACGGCCGGUGCUGCACUCCCCACAACACCAAAACUGUCCAGGUGGAGUUCCAGUGCUCGCCAGGGCAGGCCGUCCAGAAGCCAGUCAUGGUCAUCAGCACCUGCACCUGCCACACCAACUGCCCCCAGAACAAUGAGGCUUUCCUCCAGCAGCCGGAGCUGAAGGCCAGUGGAGGGGAAAUAUAAGAAACGCCUGCAGUGGCAAACUAGCUGCUGUUGACCCCCCAUCAAAUGAAUAUAAGAGGAAAAAUGAAGACCCAUUGCUGAAUACUUGAGUGCUGUGUAUUUUUCUGUGAUCAUAUGAGCUCACAUGUAUCUGUCUUUUGUUUAAUGAAAGGUAUUCCCACUGUAAACUUGGAAUCCAGGGAAGCUCAGGAUAUGGCUUAGGAAUGACUUACUUUCCUGUGAUGUUUAUUACAAAUGCAAAUUUCUAUAAAUUUAAGAAGUCAGAUAUAUGAUUUCCUUUGUAGACUCUAUCACGUGACACUCAUCCUAUUUUGUCGUGCACUAAUGCAAUUCCCAGAAAAUGUCACUGUAGUAAAUGACAUGGUGAAGUCUAGGACCAUACUGAACAUGUCAUCAUACAAAUAUUUCACCAUGUUUGGGGUUUAGCUUAUUGGUUUCCCACUGGGCUUCCUUCAGGCAUAGGUCAGCUCUGCACUUGAAGGCCAAGACCCCAAGAAACAUACAACUCUUCAACAUGAAGUCCAGAAGCUGUUAUUCUAUUCACCUGUAUGCUAGGAAAUGUGCUGUACCUACAGCAGUGAGGCAUUUGUUAAUUAAGUGACUGGUUAUGUACUUCCUCCACUUCAGAUAAACUGACUCCUUUCCUCUAGAAAGAAGCUCAACAGAAACUCCCAAUGCCUAAAUGACUGGACCCUCAAAGCCCAAGCACCUCUGUAUACUGCAGGCUGUGAGGCUCACUAGUGUUUUAGUUCAGCAGAAGCAAAAGAGAUCAGCAGGGAUCCUCUCAUCAGUAAGUAAACUGAGGCUCAGAGCACUGAUUACAACCUCUGAUGACUUUCCCAUGUGCUUUAUGUGGAAUUUUGAAGAAAAAGGGAGACAAAACCAACAUGAUUGUGAUGGCGAAAGAUCACAAAUUUUGUGAGAGUUUAUAGUAUUUAGACAUGUCCCAAAUUCAUCCUUGGGCUCUAAUUAUGAAAACACAAACAACAUAAACAUACUUACAUGUAUCUAUGAGGUCAGGCUUAUAAGAUAGGCUGCAAAAUUAAGGCUAUUCAUUCCUCCAAUGUCACCAUGUGUUCCAUUUUUAUCUCCUUUAAAGUAUUUAUGAAAAUGUAAGUUAUGCAUUUUGUAAAAUAUUCUUUUUAAUGUCUCUACUUGUCGGAUAAGACCUAAAAAGCAUGAUGUUAUCAAUCUGUGACUCUGGUACUACUUUUGUGCUUCCAAGGUUGGUAUGGUUGUUUACUGAAAAUAAAAAUUUAUGAAUUAAAUAAAGCAUCGAUCUGUA